AUGGAGGCUAUUGUUGGAGGAGCACUUCUUUCGGCUUCUAUGGAGAUGUUGGUGAAAAAGGUUGUUUCUGGUGAGUUUCUUGAUUUGUUUAGGAGGACUAAGCUUGACGUUGACCUGUUGGAGAAGCUGGAGAUAACACUGCUGAGCCUGCAAUCUGUACUUCAUGAUGCUGAGGACAAACAGAUCGCUAACCCUGCUGUCAAGAAGUGGCUGGAGAUGUUGCAAGAUGCUGUAUUUGAAGCUGACGAUCUGUUCGACGAACUCAACACCGAAGCUUUAAGGUGUCAAGCUGAAGGUGGUCAGGUUCUUAAUAAGUUUUUGUCUUAUUUUAAAAGGUUUAAUAAAAAGAUCAAUUCUAAACUGCAAAAAUUAUUCGGAAGAUUGGAACAUUUAAAAGACCAAAAUCUUGGAUUGAAAGAAGGUGAUUCCAACUGUGUUUGGAAUGCAACUCCUACAAGUCCUUUUUUGAGAGAUGAAUCUGCUAUUUAUGGCAGAGACGAUGACAGAAAGAAACUUAAAGAGUUUUUGCUGUUAGAGGAUGGUUGUGAUAGUGGAAGUAAAAUAGGAGUGAUUUCCAUUGUGGGUAUGGGAGGGUUAGGAAAAACAACACUAGCUAAACUCCUUUAUAAUGAUCCUCAUGUGAAGGAGAUGUUUGAAGUCAAAGGAUGGGCACAUAUUCCAAAAGAUUUCAAUGUCGCCACCGUCACUAAAACCAUUCUUGAGUCUGUCACCCUAGAAACAUCUACACAGCAAAGGACAACCAGAGAGGGAAACAGCACAGAAAAGACAACCUUCACUACAACCCGGAAAUAA